AUGGACGCCGGUGAAGAACCGCCCGAAUUUGUUUAUGAAGAGUUACGUGGUUCCAAGCGUAUGCUCACCAUGGCAAAGGAUUCGUUGGGCGUGGCGUUCUGGCGACUCUGUCCUGGAGAGAUGACCCUCAUUGCUGAAGUGUAUUGCCAGUUUCUCGACAGUAAUAUCGGCAAUUGGAUGGCAGCACAUAACUUCAAGAAGACAAUUAUCAUGACAAUGCUAAGCCCCACGCAUCUCGAACUGCGCAACAGUUUUUUGAAGAAAAGAAUAUUGAAACCUGGUUUCAACCGCCGCAUUCUCCCGACCUCCAGCCGUGCGACUUCACCUGCUUCGGUCAAAUGA